AUGAAUUUCGGCCGCCGCAGGAGCUUCAGCUCCAUCGAGGAGGACCGCACGUCGUCGAGCCCGGGCGCGCGCGCGCCCCUGCACCAGUACUACGAGCGCUCCGCCGGCGGCCGCUCGCCGGCGCGCUUCAGCCUGUCCUCCGUGCCCGGGGUGGACGUGCCCAUGAUGAGCGGCGGCUGCUCUCCCUGCAAACCCUGGGUGCACUCGCCGCUGCACCGGCUGGACGGCGAAGUGCACGCGCUGGCCGUCGCCCGGGGCUUCCUGUUCACGGCCUCCGAUGACAGCGGCCGGGUCCGCGCGUGGGCGGCGCCCGAGUGCUGCGACCGCGGCCAUCUCAGCGUGGGCCGCGGCCGCGUCCAGGCGCUCGCCGCGUGCGGGGACACGCUCGUCACGUCCCACGGCCGAGAUCACCGCGUCCGGGUCUGGACCGUCGGCGCCGCCGCCGUCGGCGACCACGUCCGCGCGAGGAAGGCGGCCACCCUCCCGGCAGACGGCAGCCUCCCCAUCCUCUGCUUCGGCAGGAAGCGCCCGCACCACCACCGCGACGCCAUCUCCUGCCUCGUCCUCCACGCCGCCGCGGGCCUCCUCUACACCGCCUCCCACGACCGCACUGUCAAGGCGUGGAAGCUCCCCGACAGCACCUGCGUCGACUUCUUCGUCGCGCACGACGGGCCCAUCAACGCCAUGGCCGUGAACGAGGCCGACGACGGGUGCAUCUUCACGGGCUCCAGCGACGGCACCGUCAAGAUGUGGCGCCGCGUCCCCGGUUGCGGCGCCGCGCACGCGCUCGUCGUCGUGCUCCGCUCCGGGCCCGAGGCCCCGAGCUGUCCCCGGUGCUUCCUGUACGCCGGCUCGUCGGACGGCGACGUCAACGUGUGGGAGAAGAAGGCCACCGUGGGGCGUCCGGCGCACGUGGGGUGCCUCAAGGGCCACCGCCUGGCGGUCUACUGCCUGGCCUCCGGCUGCAGCGGGCGGGUGGUCGUGAGCGGCUCGGAGGACGCGACCAUGCGCGUGUGGAGGCGGGAGGGGAAGGGCGGCGGCGGCGGCGCGGCACACACGUGCCUGGCCGUGAUCGACGGCCAUCGGGGCCCGGUGCGGUGUCUGGCCGUGGGCGACGGCCAAGGCAGUGAGGUGGAGGGCCGCAGCAUGGUGGUGUACAGCGCGGGGCUGGACAAGAGCGUCAAGAUUAAGUGA